UGAUAGGUUUGGUUGCAUGCGCAUUGAUUGCGCAUUAUAGACAAAGCCGAAUUACCCGCAUCCUUGUGGGUUAUCGAACAACAGCCGAUUGUAAAGAGAAAAACAAAAAUGGUCUUUCUCUUUUUUGUUUUUUUUGGCGAGGAAAGAAAAGAGAAGAAACAGCACAGAGGAGAAAACAAACCCACAUCUGCAUCGUAUCUCCUGCCAUUUUCUCUGGCGAGAGUUACGACCGAAAUCAGUUUUCUCCCCAGUCCGGGUCACGCGCAUCAGUUGAAACUGGAACGAUUUGAAACAUUGGGCGUUCGCCUGUGAAACAUUUGAAAUUGUCGUGUCAAUGAAUGAAUGUCGUGCUGCGUUUCAAUCUUUUUUCGAGAAAAGAACAAUGGGCAAAACUCUAUGCAUUGAAAGUGAGCCAAAGAAGAACAAUUGAAACCUUGAAAAAAAAAACCCAAACAGAGAAAUGGUGUGCUUAUAGUGGCACCCGAUUGUUUCCUUUUCAAAGUGCAUAAUGACGAAACAAGUAGUAUACGACAGUGAACCCUUCCGCCUCGGUUCAUCGCUCAGAAUACAUUCUGUACAGGAAAAAGCAGAGCCGUCCGUGACCUUGUCACGUCACGUGGCCUACUUCUUCAGGCCAAGACAACGCAAGCUCUUUUGUUUUUAGUUACAGACCAAGCCAAGCGGAUCUCCGCUUUUUUUUUGUCUAAAGGAAAAUGCCACUCUUUAAAAAGCCACUUGGAAAUGUGCGCUAUUACUUCUGGACCUGGCAGCGAAAUUUUAGGUAAUGCCUAUGGUCAAAAGAACAUUAGACCUCCCGUCGGUUCUCGGGAUUCAACCAUUUGAAUGCAAAGGCUUUGCCAAGCCAAAGAAACUUUACAUAAAAUAAUCCAGUAAAAAAAAAGAGCUGCGAAUGAUACACAAGUCCGUUUGAUUAUUCAUGAACCGGUUGUUGCGUGAUGUUGUUUCGUCCCCUUCGCCAAGUGUCGCGGCUGGCCAUGAUUUACCUUAAAUAGUUACAUACGAGCGCGUACUUUAUUUGGUUAAAUAAUUGCGGUGUAUAAUAGACACGCCCGCUCCUUCAACUCUCCGCUGAAACUGAUUGGAAUAAGCCAGGUAACUCAAUCUGGAGUAAUCUAUUCAUAUCAGCUAUAAUCUGUUGACAUAUGAUCCGGCUGUGUGCCCUUUUAAGGGUUCGAACAGGAUUUGAGCACUUUAAACACUUCGUUUGCAUCAACGAUGGUGUCAACCUACUUUUUUUUUUUUACGAGCACCUCGUCAAUUUCAAACUCUCCUUGCCACUCUUGACACACUCUCCCGCGGUCGGUCGGUCGGUCGUUCGUUCGCUCCAUUCGUCUAUCUAUACGUGAGUCUCUCGAGAGUGCAACAGUCACGACAGGUUCAAAUGUCAUUCGUCACGUAAUGUGAGAAUUGCUGUUCCGCAGAGAGUGGCCUUGCCUAUUUUGGCUGGCUCAACAGGAAGACGAUGGAACAGGUGUCGUUAGGUAAUCAUCAAGCAGUUUGCUAGGUGGUCGUGAACAUGCAGCACAGGCAUUAUUACGACGGGAAGGACUAUAGACGAGCUUCGAGUUGAACGCGGGUAAAAGCUUUAAGAGGACGAGGAAACCGUCUCCUCACGAAAGUCAGAAAUGUCGGAGAAAACCAAACGACUGGAAAGCCGCCGCCGCACGGAACUAUUCAUCUUCUUUCCACGACGUUGGAACUGGGACGCGCACGUAUUAAAAUGGGUAUUAAAAAGAAGAAGAAGAAGAAGGGAGAAAAGUAAACGGGGAAAGGAAUUGACGCGGUACCGCCGGACAUGGCGAAGGUUCGUAUAAUUAAUAUCGUACUACACGUCGCCCGGGAAUUUCUCGUGAUGGGAUCCUCACGCGCCGAGCUGAUUCUUCAUCCUUCCAUUUCUCAUCAGAUUGGUGAAAGUCGAAAUGAUACUGCGUAGUACGUGACGCUUUGCUAAAAAUUUGCCGAUAAAUAAAAUGAUUGUUUAUUAGCCUUUUCUUUCUAUUUGACUUGGUUUCCCCUGCGGAUAUCGAACGCACAGGUGCGGCCGAUGGUAACGGCACCGUGUCGACACCGAUCUGUCGAUUCACUCUUUUGGAGAAUAAUUUAAAAAUAAAUUCGUGCGUGCUCCAAAGGGAGGAUCGCUGUCAGUUCCAGUCUGACAGGAAAAAAACAAAAAUUUGUUGUUCCAAGUGGGAGAUCUUCUACAAAGAGGAGAAGAAGAAAAACCGAAAUGUAUUAAGACGAAAUUUACAUCGGCGACGUUGAUGGUGGCAGCCCUGGGCAACACCGAAUGCAGGCCAAGGAUCUAACUCAACCGAGAAACGUUGCCGAGCGUGAUGGAUCACUAUGCACCGUCAUAAGUCUGAGCAUAUUUCAACCGAACGCGUUUGCCAGCAGAGCAUCACAAAACUGGUUUGCCGUGCAACGCAUAAGUCAUCAGUGACAGCAGCUACUCCGCAUGUUGUCACAACACUCAACAACACUUUCAAACCGUACUAUAUUUGCACAACAAAGAAGUUGGAUGAGAAAAUUUCCAUUCGCGCUUGAAUAACAAUGCGGGAGUGUUGGUGCGUUUCAGGCAACACGUACGCGGUAGGUAUACUGUACGACAAGAGCCAAGUGACCGGAAAUGUCUGACCGCAACUUGAGCAACUCUAUGGUAAAUAAACUAUUCAAGCGCGUCCAACGUCCUACACUCCGCAGUGCAGGUGAAAGUUGUCCUCGACUGCCUUCGGUUAAACCAAGAGGGAACAUGUGAACAAUUGGGAAUAAUCUGAAAGUGGUAUGUACAACAAAGCGGACAUCGCCUGUAGAGAUUUGAAGAGUUUAUCGGGCGUUAAAGAUUCGCGGCAAACUUUUCGAAAUCUAAUCACGAGAACGAGGUUAACUCGACUAUCGCCAGGGUAUUUAGGGCUGCUGCCGCUUUCUGAUUUCAUUCAAGAAUGCAGACGUUUCAUAGCCGGCUCGACAUGAUGACUCUUUGACUUAGUCAUCCUUAAACAAUUUUACGUCGCAUCAGCCUGUCUCUCCUUUUCUGUGUAGACUUUUUUCUUUUUUUUUUAAAGAAUCGUUUAAAGAGUUUCUCCGUCAACUAUUUUUGUGCUGUACACAAUAAUUUAAAGGAUAGAAAAAAAAAAUCAUCUUUAUACCGUAAAGGAAUGGGCGGAUGUCUCGACUCUCCGAGACCCGAGAGUUAUGAAAAACAUGCUGCCCCCAUGAAUAAUGAGUAUAAUAUUUGUGUUGUUUUUCUUUUACUUGCUUGUUUUAUUUUCUCUUACGCAUACAGUGCCUCGAGCAAUUAAGUAUGAAUGGAAUUUUCAUCUAGAGGGAGAUUUUUUAGAUUUUUUCACGCCCGAGGUUUUGAUUUUCUCACGAAUGGCACAUUCUUCUUAUUAUCUUUUCUUCAAUGGCUUCUUUCUUUUUUCUGUAACAGUGGGAGCAGGUUUCACUGGCAACGUAUACUUGUUGACAAACGUGGCAAGUUUCAUUUUCGUCUGCUAUUGUGGUCGGUCGGCAUUACCGAGUGUUAUUACGAAAUUCUACGAUAAAAAAAGCUACCAAUGUGAAGAUUGAGUCUACGCCAUUAUAAAAAUAAAUAGUGAACAUGUUUUCCUUUCGAUUUUUUAUUGCCUUGUGCCUUGUGUUAAUGAUGAUUGAAAACACAUUGUCAACGGGCGAAAACGCACAGCAAACGUCCAACGACGAUGUACAAAAGAAAGCGUUAGAAACUCAAAAUCAUGCCAACAAUUCCGGUACUUCCACGAUCCCCAUAGUUGGUAAAAAUGAAUCCCCAAACAAUCAAACAUGGAAUUAUGGAUCCAGCUUCAUUCCGAACAAGGAUGCCUUGAUCAGAAGCACAUACGUCUUUGGCGGUCUCUGCUUCUUGGCCAUUCUCUACUUUGUCUUUAGGACUUGCCGUUUAAGAAGAAGAAGGGGAAGUGGCAGAAGAACAGGCACUCGCAAGUAUCGUCCUCUCAAUUCAGGAGCUGGCAGCCAAGAAAUGGAGCCUCUUGGAGAUGGUGGUGAUGAUGACGAAGAUGAAGACACACUGUUUGACUCCCAGCCCUCCACUGUAACUCACCCACCUCCUUCUCUGGGUAUCUGAGUAGACCAUUAAUAGCCAUUUCCUUAACAGAUAUUCACAUUUAAACUUAUUUAAUUAUUUCCCCAUGUCUUAACACUUUACAGCAUUAUAAAGGUAUUUGUGUGCGUGUAAUUUUUUUGCUAACAGUAGGAUUCCACGUCAAACGUACGUUCAUAAGAACGCACCGCGGUCCACUCGUGCAUUCCUAUUCCAUGUAGCUCUUGUAAAAAGCAUUAUGAAAGAUAAAUUUUUUCUUUCGAUUAUUGUAGCAGCGUCGAAUAUAAAUUCUCUUUUUUUUUUCUUUUUGCAAAAUGUCAUUUACAUUUUUUAAAUGAUUAAAAAAGAAAAUGUUGUUAUUCGUGCGGAUCUUUUGGCUCAACCGUGCGGCGGGGAACACCGCUCGAGAUUUUCUCCCACCACGAGUCGAUAAAUUCAAAAGAACCUUAUUGAUAACCAGAGACUACUAGCAGGACAAAAACGGCAAAAAGCUUUCCAAGCCUGAAGCGUCCAAGGACUGAGAUAGCCUACUUUUUCUUCCCCCCUCCGUCUUCCUACUGCUUCCUAUCGCCGCGGCUUGUAAACGACCAGACGGAAAGGCAACGAUGCGCGUCAAUUGGAAAGCGUGACUGGUGGCUAACUUCUUUUGGUCGGCGGAGCAACGUGGAAUACAAUAAUAUAGCUGACGGGCCGCGGGGAUGGAUGUCAGUAGGUUACGCACUCAAAGGCUUCUGGCUGCUUCAUCUGACUAUGAGAUGCCCUUCUUCCUCUCCAUCCAUCCAGCGGGUCGCUUUUUUAUUUUAUUUUAUUUUAUUUUAUCUGGACUCACACAGGGCCCUGUGCCAGCUAGGUUAGGUCAACGCUCAGGUAUGGCCGUCUGAGAGAGGAAAGAGCCCAUGCUGUUGUGUUGUGUGUACAACCGAGCGCGCGUUGCCGGGAGCGAGAAGAGCCCACCCAUUGCCUGUUAAAGAGAUGAUGACUGUGCCGGAGCUGCUUGCCGACCGUGGAUGAUGGGAGGAUAAAAAAGAUCCAAUUGUGUUGCAAGCGUUUAGAACGAAAAAUGGUGUUUCCUUCUCUUUGGCCGGCCGGAUGGUCCGCCGGGAACGGGUCAGUGGACACUCGGCUAUAUUUUGGUUGCGCCGCAAUGGCCAGCAAGAAGGUGGAGCUGAAUGUCCCCCUUCCAUCUUAAUCGGUCGCCCAGCGUGCCUACCUGCCUCGUGUGUGCGUGUACACACACACACACUGUACAGGUGCAUCUAGGAAAAAAUCUAGGACGUUGUUACCUGCUGCCCUAUUGCCUGCGUACCUUACCUUUGCCUUUUGUCUUCUUCUUCUUCCUCUUCUUUCGGAGAGGAGGAGGAACGAGAGGGUGGUAACCUGAAGCGCUCGUCUCUCUCUCUCCACCCACUCGACUCGUUCCGUGUGUCAUCGACGUCGGCCUUGUCUGACCGAGUUUUUUCUCUCUCAAACCGACUCCCUCAACCAACUCCACCACCUCCUCUUAGCCACAAGCACCGGCACACCCGCAUGGGAAAAAAGGAAAAAGAAAACUCCCGCCUCUUGUCUUGCUUCAUCCAGCUAAAGCUCUGCUGCUUUGGCUCUGCAACAGGCCGAAUUAAACCCGGACGGAGUGGAACCUAACGUCGGCAGUCUUCCUUCAACUCUUCGAGAGCUCAAGUACCUACCUCGUCGGCUCCUGCGGAAUUUGUCACCACUCGAACCUCUCAUCUCAUCCGCGAUUUUAUCCCCGAGAGCCCAAAGUGGUUGUUUUUUAAAAACGAGUGCUGCUGUCACACUUCGCUUUUCUAUUCCGUUCAAGUGAUCAGUGCGACUCCUUCUGCUCCGUGUUAGCCGCCUUAACCUCCAGGUUAGUUUCUGCUCGGUGGACCCAAUUGGUCCAGAGACCAGACGGCAAACAUGCUGGCCCCACAAAGUUGUUUGACGGUGAUGGCCGUCUUGAUGGGAGCAGUUCCGCUUCACUUGGCUUUCCCAUCUGGCCAAACUUGGUUCAUUCAUCACUCGGGUCAGGUAGCCCGGCCGGUUAUGAUCAAUUCCAGUCCCGUCUCCGACGAGUUCCCCAUUCCGCGCUUCGCACUGCCAGAACAAACAGCCUCGCGGCGCCAAGACGGGCCUUUCCAAGCAUCGGGUUCCAACAACCUUCAGAAUGAACCUCCAGUGCACGUGAAACCGGGAGACAAGGUGUCGUUGAUCGUGCGUAACCAAAACCCACUGGAAGCCCAAAAGUUCGUCGACGUCGGGGCGCUGCUUAUGGACUUGCAGAGGAUGCCACCAGCUUCGGAUGGAUCGUAUCACGUCUUCCUCGCGCCACCCAACUACCCCCAACCGACUGGAGGCCAAAAGUUUGACGUGACCUACGUCGGUGCCCCGCAGCGGGAGCAGCAGACGGUGUCAGACCCACGCAAUCCGCACCCACCUCUUUUCGUGGCCCCGCUCGAUUACAGCGUUCCGCAAGGCUACGGACGUGUGCAAAUUCCCAUCCAAAACGUCAAGUUUGCCCUCAACUCACCAUUCCAGCAGGUUCAGCAACAGCCGGCACAGUUCCAGCAACCCCAACAACAGUUUAGACAACCCCAGCCGCAGUUCCAGCCAACGCAGCAGCAGCCAAUACAGCCUGUACAGUUUCAGCAACCUCAGCCGGUGCAGUUCCAGCAACCGCAGGUUGUGCAAUUCCAGCCUCCUCAACUUCAGCCGGUGCAAUUCCAGACACCUCAACCGCCUCAGUUCCAGACACCUCAACCAGUGCAGUUCCAGCCACAAUUCCAGCCCUCUCAGCCACAAUUCCAGCCCUCUCAGCCGCAAUUCCAGCCUCCUCAACCACAGUUCCAGCCCAUUCCAGCGCAACAACCGCAAUUCCAACCGCAAUUCCAGAAACAAACUGUCGUUUCCGAAUUCCAACGGCCACAGUUCCAACAGCCUCCUCCUCCUUCCAGCUUUGAGCAAUCUCUAUCCGAUAUCCGGCUCCAAACUGGAUUCGUUCCGUUCCAAACAUUGGAAGAAACCAGUACAUCUCCUCCAGUAACUCAACCGGCUCCUCCACCUCCCCCACCAACUCAACCAGCUCCUCCACCAGCUCCCAAGGAGCCGCUCGUCUUGGCCGCCGAGUCACCGGAAUUUUUGGAACUCAUUAAACCCCGCCCAGCUCCAAUAGUUGUCGAAGUCGUUGAGAAUGCCCCAGUGUCCGAAAUUCCUCAGCCAGCGACCCAGUCCCCAGUUGUCGUUCCACCUGAAGAGAAAGUAGCACCGGUCAUUGAAUUGAAACCGGUCUCAUCACCGGCUAUUAUUCCGGCUUCUUUCGAAUCGGCGCCCGAGGUUCCCGCUAAUACAGUCACAUUAAUUCCACCACCACAGGAAGACGCUCCCCUGCCGGCCCCCACUCCCGCGUUCGAGCAGACAAUUCCGGCCGCCACUCCCAUUCCGGCUCCGGAAAUUUCAGGAGUCACUGAAACCACCCAAACUCGUCCGCUGAAGAAACGACCAAUUAAUCGAAUUCCUUUGGAAGGCGGAGUUCCCCAAUGGCCGGAUUUCCAGGCAGUCCGUCAGCGUCAGCAACUGCAGCGUCAGCAAAACCGAAAGAAGAUUACUCCGUCUUCCGGCAACAACUUCGAACCCAUUCUGAGCCAAACUCAACCCGAUGCGCCGGUAGAUCCAACCUCUUUCGGCCAGAAGAUUCGCAACAAAGUCAAGACCAAUUCCUUGGUCUCGCCGCCGCUUCCGGUUCCGGUUGAACCGCAAGUCGUCGUACAACAACCAAAGGCUCAAUCGUUCAUUGUCGAACCGGCCGCUGUGGAACAAACACAACACGACUCGUUUGAUCUUGACCCUCCAGUCGUCGAACGUGACGAAUCGUUCCAGACACUCGAGUCACAAAACGCCGCUUCCGGCAACCAACGCGGACGCAUUCGUUUCAACAGGCCCAAUAGCUUGAACGUCAUUCCGGCUGAAGCUUCGACCGCUCCACCAGUCCGUCACACCGUCAGCACUCUGGUCGGUGGAAGAGGCCGCAUACGAAUCAAUUCCAACAGUUUCACCACCCCUACGCCCACGACUGCCGGACCGACUGUAGCUGCCACGGAAGCAUCGACGGCGGCUCCUACAACUGUUCAGACGGCAGCGCCAACAGUCGCAGCUACGACAACGCCAACAGUCGCAGCCACGACAGCAUCCACAACGCCGGAAUCAACGACUGUUGCAGCAACAGUUCCCACGGUCGCCCCGACAGCUUCUCGACUUGUUGAUCCGGUGGUCACCGAGGGACCCGCUCUCGAAGAGGAAAUCAUUAGAGGAGACAGUCCUAUUGUACUAGUCGAGGAAACUGUUCCAGUCGCCGAGGAAGAAGAAGACGUUCCUCUAGAAGAAGAAGAGGAAGAAGAACAAGCGGUUUUGGAAGAUGAGAAGUCCGUCGAACCGGCCGAGAAACCUUGGUCUCCCUACGAGGCCAUCCAGCGUCAAAGAGAGACGACUGUUGAACCAGAGGCGGCCAGUCAGGUCGUUUCCAGCAAUGAUCAGCCACUCCGCAUCCGCGGGAAAACCACUUUCUCCUCCUCGAGGAUCCCUCUUCCACCUGUCAGGCCGGAAGUUGGAAAUCGACCGGUCGUUCUCCGACCUGCAGCUUCCAUUAGGCGACCAUUGCCACCCACCAUCCGCAUUACAAAGCCCGUCUUCGAUAUCCAAGGGCAAGAAAAUAUUCGCUCGCAGGAGGAUUUCAUUGCCCCACAAUCACUGGAAUUCGGCAUCCGCGAUGGAGUUGAAUCGAAACCUAUUUUGAUCAAUAAUUCGCCAGCCCAAUUCUUGCUUCCGGUUGGUCGACGUGUCCCUGAAACGCGACCUGGAAUUCAGAACAUCCGGAUCGGUCGCCCGACCACACAGGCCCCGACGACAACUACCACCACCACCACCACCGAGGCUCCCGUCGAAGAAGAACCAGUUGAUGCCUUCCAGCAGGAAGCCGACGAAUUAGUGACGGACGAACCCCUUGCCAACGACCAAUUAUUGCCAGAAGAAGGAGAAGAAGAAGGCGAAGGAGAACUAGUGGAAGAAGAAGUCGAAGAGGAGAUCCUUACGGAUGAAAUCGAAGGAGAAGAGAACGAAGAGUUUGUCGAAACUGUCGAUGAAACCGAGCCCGUCGUGUCUUCAACUGCGGCUCCUACUGUCACGACGGCCGAGGCGUUUUCAGAAUUUGUCGACGAACAGGAGGAAGUUGAAGUGGACCCAGUCGUCGUGGAGGAUACCAACAAAUCGGCGGAGCCCAUCACGACCACGACAGAGGCGCCAGUGGUCAUCGAGGAGUCAAUCGUUCCGGCGGAAGAGGAAGUCGAAGAAGAAGGCGCCAUUGAAUUGGCCGCAGAUAACCACGUUGACGAUCAGUCGAACCCGAGCGAAUCGUCCGAUGACGAACGCCAAGUGCUGGGCGUUUCCACGGCAACUGAAGUAUCUCUCAUGUACGAGCUCUGCUACAGAGGCCGCUGCGUCCGCGUUCAUGAAUAAGAAAUGACGCCGCCCUGCCACCAGCGUUGCAGUCGAAUGUCUGUGUGUGUUUUCUGAAAUAUUUUAUGAAGUAACUUGAUUGUCAAUUUACGUGUCCCCCCCUCCACCCAAGUCCAGUACUGCUCAACAAUUCCCGUUGGCACGGUAUAAUCGCAAUGUAAAAACAAACAAAAAAACAAAUUUAAAAAAAAAGACGAAGAAUUAUCGAACGUACGCAAUCGGAAUGAGAUAUCAGCAGCUUGCGCACGGCUGGCCCGUUGGAUGAGGCGGAAUUAAUAAUUGUCAUGUUCACGCUAGUUAUAUGAAAACGACUUUAAAUAGCCUCCCCGUAUACAGAUGAAGGUGACAAAAUUCCAAAAUAAGAUACCAUGUGUGCAUGACAAGUGUGAAUGUGUGAACUAUUUAUUCCCCCAUGUAAUCACUUUUAUUGUUAAACUUUAUCACAAGCAAAAUAACUUUUCUUCACCAUUUUUUCCGGUUUUAUUUUUCACACAGAUAUUUUUUACUAAUCGAUGUUCGUUUCCUUAUACAUUUCUCGAUUGUAUUCAGGAAGUAAUUACACAUACAAAUUUUACCGCUUAAA